UAUUUUAUCUUCGCUUGCUCCUUGAAAAACAGGUUAGCUUUUAUAAUAUCUUGUAAAAAUAAUUGAAUCAAACCUGCGCUCCUUUCGCAGGCACGACAAAGCUAUAAAUACGCGAUCGCAAUUUUUGUAAACGGCGCGAGAUAGCCGCGGUCAGGGUAAGGACGAAUGCAGUGACGUGAUAAUGAUAAUCUAGACAGUCGUCGACCGCCGCGCCACCGGGACACAACAUGUUCAAAAUAACAGCGGCAACCGUUUAAAAAUAAAGUUAUUUGCAUUAAUUAAAAAUCCUAAAGGCCUUCAAACGGCCAAAGCGGUUUGCUUAGCAACUGUUCAAAAUUUUUUAUAUUGUGUGGGGAAGUGAAGUGUUAGUGGACAAAUGGAAGUUGUGACCGCAGCCUCGGAGGUGGUAAUCCGGGACGCCGAGAGAGAGGACAUGCUGGAGGUAGACAAGAUGAUAAAGGAACUGGCAGUUUAUGAGAAAUUGACCGAUGACGCGCGACUGAACGCUGCAGACCUAGUGCGAGACGGGUUCGACUCCCCGGCGGCGUUCGGGUGCAAAGUGCUGGAGGUGCGGAGUGAGCCGCCAGUGCUGGCGGGCUACGCGCUGUACUACCGCACCUACUCCACCUGCGUGGGCCGCGGCCUCAUGCUGGAGGACCUCUACGUUCGCGAGCGCUGGCGCCGUCGGGGCUUCGGCCGGCGACUCUUCGGUGCUAUCGCUGCGGAGGCGGUGUCUCUUGGCUGUGCGCGGCUGGAGCUGCACGUGCUGAGCUGGAACCCGGCGCGCGCGUUCUAUGAGGCGCGCGGGGCCGUGGACCUGAGCGACGCCGACUGGCGCUACUAUCGCCUGGAUACGGAACAACUGCGCCGCGCCGCGCUACUCCACACAUAGUGAUAACGCCGCUCUUACUGUACUUAAAAAUGUGGUGCUUACCUGUUAAGUUAGCUUAAGUUGUGCUUUUCAUUGUGUCUAAAAGUUCA